AUGAGUGCAACUACGUCGAAACACGCAGGUGACGCGCGUUUGGAGGGGCCGAACAAACGCCAGCACCUGGACAUUUCUGUCGACGACGGUGUGGGCACGGCCACGGCGCACUCGCUGCCGACGGCAAACCAGUCGAUCACCCCCCACGGGUACCAUUUGCCUGUACACGGCAAGUUCGACCGCCAGAAGCUCCAUAACAAGCUGACGGGCGGACAGUUUGAGAACGAGGCAAGCACUUUUGAGAAAGAGCUCGUGUCAAUGUCCAAGAAGGAGUCGGAGGCCAGCGUCCAGAGCGACAGGCAAAGAUGGGAUCGUCCCGCGGUGGUGGGGUACGAUCCGGCCACGUACGACGUGGACUUCCAGCAGCUGGAUGCUGAGGAGACGCUGAUCAAUGAUGAGGCCGCAGUGCGGUUUUUUGGGGUCACUGAGGAAGGGUACUCGGUGCUGUGCAACGUUGUAGGGUUUCGACACUAUUUUUACGUGCCAGUGCCAAAGGGCCUGACGCAGGACGAUCUGGGCGACUUCCACAAGUAUCUGCGCACAAACUACCAGGGUGUACAAGGGCUGGAGAUUGCGCUUAAGGAGAGCAUCUGGGGCUACAAUAAUAACACAAAGCUGCCGUUUCUUAAAGUGGUGGUGGACGGCAUUAAGCACAUCGGCAAGGUGCGCUCGGCAUUUGAACGCGGUGAGAUUGAGUACAAAGGCCUGUUUCCGCCUACUGGAUCGAUGACGUUUGACAAUAUCCAGUUUCUGCUGCGGAUGAUGGUGGAUUGUCGUAUCACAGGUAUGGGCUGGCUGCGGGCGCCAGCGGGAACUUACACGCCAGUGCCGCCAGAGAAGGUUGUUUCAACGUGCCAGCUGGAGUUUACCAUCCACUACAAGGACCUUGUGUCGCACGCUUCGGAGGGCAAAUACCUGAACAUGGCUCCAUUGCGGAUUUUGUCAUUUGACAUUGAGUGUGCGGGCCGCAAGGGCAUUUUCCCCGAGGCGGAACACGACCCGGUGAUCCAGAUCGCGAACGUGGUGGCUAAGGCGGGUGACCCGGUGCCGUUUGUGCGCAAUGUGUUCACUGUCAAGUCGUGUGCGCCGAUCGUCGGGUCAGAGACGUUUUCGUACGAGUCUGAGGAGGAGAUGCUGCUCAAAUGGAAGGAGUUCAUCGUCAAGGUGGAUCCGGACGUGAUCAUCGGGUACAACAUUGCCAACUUUGACUUCCCGUACCUGAUCAACAGGGCUCGGGCGCUCGGCGUCCACGACUUCCCGUACUUCUCGCGUCUGAAGAAUAGCAAGCAGGAGAUCAAGGACACAUUUUUCAGCUCGCGCGCGUACGGCAGCCGCGAAAACAAGGUGGUCAAUAUUGAGGGCCGCAUGCAGCUGGACCUGCUCCAAUUCAUCCAGCGCGAGUACAAGCUGCGCUCGUACACGCUGAACGCGGUGUCGGCACAUUUUCUUAACGAACAGAAAGAGGAUGUGCAGCACUCGAUCAUCACAGAUCUCCAGAACGGCAACCAGGAGACCAGAAGGCGGCUGGCAGUGUACUGUCUGAAAGACGCGUACUUGCCGUUGCGACUAGCCGAAAAACUCAUGUGUCUGGUCAACUACACAGAGAUGGCCAGGGUGACCGGCGUGCCGUUCAGUUUCCUGCUCUCGCGUGGCCAGCAGAUUAAGGUCAUCUCGCAGCUGUUCCGCAAGUGUCUGGACCUGGACAUUGUGAUCCCGAACAUCAAGUCGGAGGGCGUGAACGAGGAGUACGAGGGAGCCACCGUGAUCGAGCCUGUGCGUGGCUACUACGACGUGCCGAUCGCAACGCUCGACUUUGCCUCGCUGUACCCAUCGAUCAUGAUGGCGCACAACCUGUGCUACACGACGCUGCUAAACAAGCAGACAGUUGAACGGCUGGGCUUGAAGCAGGACGAGGAUUACAUAGUCACGCCGAACGGCGACAUGUUCGUGCACCCGCAUCUGCGGAAGGGCAUUUUGCCAACGAUUUUGCAGGAACUGCUUGCAGCACGGAAGAAAGCAAAGCAGGAUCUGAAAAAGGAGACAGACCCGUUCAAGAAACAGGUGUUGAACGGACGGCAGCUUGCACUGAAAAUCUCGGCCAACUCGGUGUACGGGUUUACGGGCGCGACAAUCGGAAAACUGCCCUGUUUGGCCAUUUCGUCGUCUGUGACGGCGUUCGGCCGUGUCAUGAUCGAGCAGACCAAGGCCGAGGUCCAGCGCCACUACAGCAUCGAAAACGGGUACGAGUAUGACGCCCAGGUCAUCUAUGGUGAUACCGACUCCGUGAUGGUCAAGUUCGGCCACAGCGACAUGGAAACGUGCAUGCGGCUCGGCGAAGAGGCGGCGGCCUACGUCUCGACCAAGUUCAAGCACCCUAUCAAACUUGAGUUCGAGAAGGUGUACUUCCCUUACCUGCUCAUUAAUAAAAAACGAUAUGCGGGGCUGUUCUGGACCAACCCGCGCAAGUUCGAUAAGAUGGACACCAAGGGUAUCGAAACGGUGCGUCGGGACAACUGCCGAUUGGUUCAGAACGUUAUCACGCGGGUCCUGGAGUUGAUUCUGGAGGAGCGAAACGUGGAAGCUGCAGAGCAGUUUGUCAAGAAAACGAUCGCGGACCUGCUCCAGAACCGCGUCGACCUGUCACAACUGGUUAUCAGUAAGGCUUUGUCACGUCAAGACUACGCCGCCAAACAGCCGCACGUGGAACUUGCGGAGCGGAUGCGCAAGAGAGACGCUGGUUCGGCCCCUACGCUCGGCGACCGUGUUGCUUAUGUCAUCAUCAAGACGGCCGGAGAUAAGAAUUACGAGAAGAGCGAGGAUCCGUUGUACGUGCUAGAAAACUCGCUGCCGAUCGACACCAAGUAUUACUUGGAGAACCAGCUGGCGAAUCCACUGACGCGGAUUUUCGAGCCGAUUUUGGGCGAGCGUCGCACCAAAGAACUGCUUCACGGCUCCCACACGCGGACGGUUGCCGUGAGCGCGGCAAAGACGGGAGGGUUGAUGAAAUUUGCCCGAAAGAGCAACACAUGCAAAAACUGUAAGUCGCCUAUUCCUGCGGGCGAAGCUCUGUGCCGAAACUGUCAGGGUAUGGCGGGAGAGUUGUACGGACGCGAGCUGGCUAAAAUGAACAACCUGGAGACCAAGUUCAGUCGGCUUUGGACCGAGUGUCAGCGUUGCCAGGGCUCGCUACACCAGGAAGUUUUGUGUUCCAACAAGGACUGUCCAAUCUUCUACAUGCGGAAGAAGUGUCAGAAAGACGUUUUGAAUCAAGCGGAGGAGCUAAAAAAGUGGGACGCGGCUGCCUGGUGA